AUGCCGGCCGGCGACACCGGGAAGCAGCAGGCUGCCCAACAAGCUGUCGACAUCCUACACGAGAUCUCCACGAUCCUGAACUGCCACCUCGACCGCCGGACCCUGUCCGUGUGCAUAUCCAUGGUUGAGAACGGCGUGAACCCGGAGGCGCUGGCGAACGUGGUGCAGUUCCUGCGCAAGGAGAAGCAGAAGGAUGACUUCGCCAAGGAGUUGAAGCAGUGA